UUAAAUAAACAAUAUUAUAAUUUCGGUAAAAAAAUUAAUUGUCUUCCAAUUUCCUGUUGUAAACCUAAUUUCAAAUCAUGGCUGAUUCAAAAAAGAUGCCCAAUUAUGUGAAAUUCGUUGUAGGUGGUGGUGCUGGCAUGACAGCAACUUGUUUUGUACAACCCAUGGAUUUAGUUAAAACACGCAUGCAAAUGGCUGGAGUGGGUGGUAAAGCUAGAGAAUAUAAGAAUUCUUUAGAUUGUCUUUUGAAAGUGGUAAAAAAUGAGGGUGUAUUAAAGUGUUGGCAAGGUCUGGGAGCAGGUUUAUUAAGACAGGCCACCUAUACUACUACACGAAUGGGAGUUUAUCAAAUUUUAAUUGAUGUCUAUAAAAGAAACAGUCAGCAAGUCCCUACUGUAGCGGCCAGUAUGUCUAUGGGUAUAAUGGCUGGAGCUGCAGGUGCUUUUGUAGGCAAUCCCGCAGAGGUGGCCUUAAUACGCAUGGUAACCGAUGGCAAAUUAUCAGAGAAAGAGAGAAGAAACUAUAAAAAUGUAAUCGAUGCUUUGUGGCGAAUACUCAAGGAAGAAGGUUUUGCGGGUUUAUGGCGUGGUUGCCUACCCACUGUGGGCAGAGCCAUGGUAGUAAAUAUGUGUCAAUUGGCAUCGUAUAGUCAAGUUAAAAAUUUUCUACAUCAAGGCCCUUGUCAAAUGCCACAGGGUUUUGGUUUACAUGUGGCAGCAAGUUUUUGUUCGGGACUUUUAACUUCAGUGGCCUCAAUGCCACUUGAUAUUGCUAAGACUAGAAUACAAAAUAUGAAAACUCCUGUGGGAGCUAAGCCGGAAUACUCCGGAACGUUAGAUGUUUUGUUGAAAAUUUCUAGAAAAGAAGGAAUGUUGGCUUUGUGGAAAGGUUUUACACCCUAUUUUGCUCGUAUUACACCACAUACGAUAUUGACUUUUGUUUUCCUAGAGCAAUAUAACAAGUUGUACUAUAAAUAUGUUCUGGGAGUGGAGGGAGGUUCCAAUUUGUGAUUUAAGGAUGGAGUUUAAUGGGCUCAUUAUGAAAAUUUUAUGUUUUAUAAACAUUGCAAUUGUGUAUUGCUAACCAAAUGUUGAAAUAAUUGUGGUCUUUUAUAUGGAUAAACAACCACACCUGAGGCUUUUAGAUUGUUGCCAAUUUAGCAGCACCUACUACAGCUGCUACUAAUUGUACUGCAACAAUUGUU